GCGUGUGCGCACACUGAAGGGCUGCAGUAGCAGCAAGUUCCUUGAGCGCAAAGUUUCCUCCCCAGAAAGUUAAAUGGCUAAAUACAAGCCCUGGAUGUUGUGCUGCUUUAUUUUGAUCGGUUUCAUUUGCAUUGUUGCGAUCGUGUGCCUGUGCUUCACCUCGUUCCUGGACAGAAGAUGCCCCAGCGGCAGUUACAAGCGUGCGGCCGUGUCCGCAGACUCUCAGAUUUGCUCGGAGAUUGGCAGGAACAUGCUUCAGCAGGGUGGGUCAGCAGUAGAUGGCGCCAUUGCAGCUCUCCUGUGCACAUCUGUGGUCAAUCCUCAGAGCAUGGGGAUUGGAGGGGGGUCUAUAAUAACGCUGAGAAAUAAGACAGGGCAUGUUAAAGUCUACAACUUCAGAGAGACUGUCCCACAGUCAGUAAAGCCAAACCUGUUAAAGGAGUGUCCCACUACAUUCAGACUUUCCACAGGCAGUCAGUGGAUCGGCAUUCCUGGAGAGCUGCGAGGCUAUGAGAAAAUUCACGAACAGUACGGGAAGCUGCCCUGGGCCAAGCUGUUCGAGCCAACAAUUAAACUGGCUAGGGACGGCAUCCCUCUGCCAGUCUUUCUGGGAAAAGUUCUGGCGACUCCCUUUGUGAAACAAUUCAUACAAGGAUCAUCUCUGUGUGAAAUUUUAUGCCACAAGAACAAAACUGUCCUGAGCACAGGAGACAUCCUAAAGUUUCCUAAACUUGCAGAAACCAUGGAAACAAUUGCAAAUCACGGAGCAAAGGAGUUCUACACUGGCAAGAUAGGGCAUGACUUAAUCCAAGACAUAGAAGCUGCAGGUGGGAAGUUGACCAUGGAGGAUUUGAAGUCAUUCCGUGUGCAGGUCGAAGAUGCUUGGACUGUUCCUCUGGGAGAUGCUAAACUAUAUGUCCCUCCACCACCUGCUGGGGGCGCCCUGCUUGCCUUCAUUCUCAAAGUCAUGGAAGGGUUCUCACUGACUUCGAACUCCCUGGUUGGUGACAAGAAGAUUCAGAUGUAUCAUCAUUUCAUAGAGGCACUUAAAUUUGCUAAUGGCCAGAGAAAGUGCAUAUGUGAUCCAAAGUUUAAUAACACCAAGUGCGCACAUCACUUGAUUGAUCCCACCUUCAUUGAUCGCAUCAGGAAGAUGAUUUCUUCAAACAGGACUCACAGCAACUCUUACUACAAUGUCACACCUUCAUCAGAUCACACUGGGACGACACACGUGUCUGUCCUCGAUGAAGAUGGCCUCGCAGUCUCGGCCACGAGCACUAUAAACCAAAUAUUUGGAGGACUGGUUUACUCUCAGCGUACAGGAAUCAUCCUCAACAAUGAGCUGGCUGACUUUUGCGGGAGAGCAGACACACUGAGGGCAGGCGAACGGCCUCCCUCCUCAAUGGCUCCAGCAAUACUGGAGUCAAAGUCUGGAGGGAUUCUUGUGAUUGGUGGAUCAGGAGGAAGCCUGAUUACGACAGCAAUGGCCUUGUCUAUAAUAAAUCACCAGUGGCUGGGGAUGAACUUGAAAGAUGCCAUUGGUGCGCAUAUUGUCUUUGUCGACUCAGAGAACAACGUAAAUUUUGAGACUGGUUUUGACAAGUCUGUGAUAAAAGGCCUAACAACACGUUUUGAACACAAGCCUGGGAACUGGAGCUUCUUUUUAAAUGUGGUCAAUGCCGUGGAAAAGCAGAACAGCUGCAUUGCGGCUGUAUCUGACAGCAGGAAGAUGGGAAUGUCAGCAGGAUACUGAGCAUGAGGACACGUAACCUUUCCACUAAUAUCUGCCCUUUUCACUAACUGACCCUUUGCCUUAAAAGUAAUCUAUGUGCUGCAGCACUGCCAACAAAAGGUGAGCGAAUGGUGCUGUGGCUCUUUCCAAACGGAGCAAUCAGGAAACUACUCACCUUAGUGGAUGACUUCAAUUUAUAAUAACUUGGGUCACAUUUUCAAACUUUUGGCCGUUAUUUCUAAUACAAUAUAAUAAAGUUAUUGCUGAAAUCUUCACCGCUGGCACUGUGGACAAAAAGAAGUGAGCUGGGUAGAGAAACAGUGGUGAGAUCCAGUCAAUUCAGAUUAUUUAGAGGUGAAUCUUUCAGCAAAUAACCAAAAAGGUGAUUUCAUUAAUAUUUUUGUCAGCUACUCCUAUGCAAAUAUUAGAAAAUAGGCACAUGCACUGCUAAUUUCCAGACCAGUGCCAUUACGAUAUUGCAGUAAAGUGCCCUGAGAUGAUGUAAUAAAUGUGACAGACUGUUUCCUGUGAACUUUGCUUUCAUCCAUGUCUCAACUUUUCCACCUUGUGCAGGUGCUGAGAAUUUUUUGUAUGUUGUUGUUUGUUUGUUUUUUUUUACGCAAUCACUGAAAAAUUCCUAUAAAAACAGAUAAGAAUGCAAUUACUAUGUGCACAACUACAGCACGUUUAGGACAAAAUUCAUCUAAGAAACUGGUCUUUAAGGUGUUUUGAAUGUUUGCAACAUUUUUAUAGCACUAGCCUCAAUGACAGUUGUCAUAGAGGAUGAUGACGCUUUUAGUGUUGCUUAUGUGUGCCCGGAACUCAGUGAAAGUUGGAGAUAAGCUGAAAUGAAAACAUUUUUUAAGGUGAUGUGACCAACAGGGGCAGUGCUCACAUUUGCCUCCAUGAACUGUAGGACCAGUGCGUACUGUGUGUGUGUGUGUGUGUGUGUGUCUGCUAAAUCAAAUUAUCAUUGAAUGUUUUAUAUUUCUUAUUCUGUGUAAGAAAUGUUUACUAAAGAUGAGCCAUUUAAAAUUUUUAAUGUGACAGCCUGACUGGUAUAUUGGCAGCUUCCCAAACAGACAACUUUUACUGUGGCAUUAAAGAUUUAACUUUAUAUGAAACAAUCUUACUCAGAUUGGAGCCCAUGCUAUAAGUCCAAAAUUAACCUAUAAAAAAAGGAAGUAUAUUUUAACACACGCUAAAUAUUUUGUAUUUUUUUAAUGUUUUGUGAACAUAUUUUGUAUUGUUUGUAAUAAAAAUUCUUAUA